CCCAGGCUCGGACACCGCUGCCUGCCUCUCUGGAAGCACCGGCAGCCUCGCCGCGCGCAGUCGGAGGUCGGCCACCAUGGAGGCGCAGGCACAAGGGUUGUUGGAGACCGAACCAUUGCAAGGGCGAGAUGAAGAUGCAGUAGCCAGUGCGGACUUCUCUAGCAUGCUGUCUGAGGAGGAAAAAGAAGAGUUAAAGGCAGAAUUAGUUCAGCUAGAAGACGAAAUCACCACAUUACGGCAAGUUUUAUCAGCAAAAGAAAGGCAUCUGGUUGAAAUAAAACAAAAGCUGGGCAUGAACCUGAUGAAUGAAUUAAAACAGAAUUUCAGCAAAAGCUGGCAUGACAUGCAGACCUCUACUGCCUACAAGAAAACACAUGAAACCCUGAGUCACGCAGGGCAGAAGGCAACUGCGGCUUUCAGCAACGUUGGGACAGCCAUCAGCAAGAAGUUUGGAGACAUGAGGUCUCACUCCAUCGGCUACUCCAUUCGCCAUUCCAUAAGUAUGCCUGCUAUGAGGAAUUCUCCUACUUUCAAAUCAUUUGAGGAGAGGGUUGAGACAACUGUCACAAGCCUUAAGACGAAAGUAGGCGGGGCAAACCACGGCGGAGGCAGCUUUGAAGAGGUGCUCAGCUCCACGGCGCACGCCAGCGCGCGGAGCUCGGGGGGCGGGCCCCGGCGGGCCGAGGAGGAGGAGCUGCAGUGCUAGGGCCGCCCCCUGCGGCCGCCGCCGCGCCCCGCCCCCGCCCCGCGCGCGCGCUCGCGGCCACCAACAUCCCCCUGCGGAAAAACCCAGGCCUUGACCCGUUCUUCGAAUGACCUCUCCGCGGAGUUUCAUAAAAUGAUUUCCAUUUUGUAUUUGUGUUAAUGAUGGAUCACUUGACCAUCACACUUAAGUAUUCGUAGAUUGUGAUAAUUUAAAAUAUCCCUUCAGCAGGUACACAAUUGGCCGUACCCUGUCUUUGUGUAAUUCCACGUAUGUUUUCCAAACAUGUAGCUAUUAAUGAUCUGCUUUGAUUUUUGCUUGCACUCCUUUAUGAUGUGCAUGUCGUUGAAGGCUGAGAAUGAACGCCCCCUUUCAGUUCAGUCGGAUGGCUGGGUGGAGCUUUUUCUGAGAAGUCUGCCGCAAUGGGAUAGACUCACGGCAACUUUCAUCAAACUGCCUGUGAUCGCCCUCACUUGCAUCAAUUAUGUAUGUUUAUUUAAGCAAUUAAAAUAAUCGAUUUUAAUGAUAA